UGUGUCAGUAACAAAAUUACACAGGCAAAUGUUACGUUGUGGGCACAAUUGAAGCACAGUUGGGUUUGCAUAUGAACUGUUGUGUGUACCAAUGAUUUAUGCAUGUACAAACAGAGGCUGGAUUGAGGCCAUGGAAAAAUUUCACCCCUGAAGAUCAAAAGACGCAGCAGGAUGCGGUGUUUCUUAAUUGUGCUCCAUAUGCUGUACACAGCAAUAUAAUCUUGAUAGGGCAGUUCCUGUAUUGUUUGCUCAAGGUCUGACCUGGAUAAGUAUCAAAGUGCCCAGCCAGAACCAGUUCCACUAAGAACCAGGAUCUCAAAACUUAGUCAAUGGGCAUUUCGACUAUGUAAGGACUGAAAGAUUAAACUUUAUCCAAUUAAAGUCAUAUAUAGCAUUGACUCAGUGUCAGCCUCACUUGUAUGUGAUUAACUAGUGAUUUCCUUCAUUGGCGGUAUGCUGUGACCCCGCUUGAUGCCAUUAAAGUUUGUGACAACAUAGGAAAACCCCAGCCAGUAAAUUGUGAAUGACUUAAGUUCUUUGGAGAUUCUUGAUUUGGCUCUGCAGCACUCACAGCAGCAUGGACAGGAAUUCAUUCUCAGCUGGUUUCCUUAAAAGAAAGCGAUCCUGUCUUUCAGUUUAAAAAAAAACAAAAAAAAAACCUGCAACUGUUGAAGCAGCAUGCACCUAAUAAGCUACUUCUAAAUCUGGCUUCAUCAUUUCAGUCUGUGGACUAGCAGAACAGAAGCUGCACAAUCCUUCUCAAGCCUCUGCGACAGAAAUGGAGAAAAUAAGUACUUUGCAAGAACAGAAGGGGGAAUUACGGAAGCGCCUAUCCUACACUACCCACAAACUGGAAAUGCUUGAAACAGAAUUUGAUUCUACUCGCCAAUAUCUUGAAAUUGAACUGAGACGUGCUCAGGAAGAACUUGAAAAAGUAACCGAAAAAUUGAGAAGGCAGGUGAUUUCUCCUCCGAAGACUUAUCAUGUGGGAAGCCCAAAAUACUUUACAAGGAUACAAAACAAUUAUCUAGCCUUACAAAGAAUUAAUCAGGACUUGGAAGAUAAACUUUACAGGAUGGUAAGUUUUUUUUAAUUUUAA